UUUUUUUAGGUUGGUAUCCUGAAACUUUUUAUUGUCUUGUUUAGGGGACAGGCUUAUUUAUGUUUAAAAAAAAUAUUUCGUGGAUCAAAAGGCUACGAAGAGGCUUAUCAGUUUUUCAAUUAUAUUAUUAUAGGUGAAUGUAACGGUAUUUUGGAAUGGUACUGAUAGAUUUAGGUCAUUAGAAAUAGGAAGCAAAUUUUAUUAUGAAUUGAAGAGAGCAGACAUGGCGGCUACUAGAAAAUUACAAGGGGAAAUAGAUCGCUGCCUAAAAAAAGUUACAGAAGGGGUCGAUACAUUUGAAGACAUCUGGCAAAAAGUUCAUAAUGCUACCAAUAGUAACCAAAAAGAGAAAUAUGAGGCUGAUCUCAAAAAGGAAAUUAAGAAAUUACAAAGGCUAAGGGAUCAAAUUAAGAGUUGGAUAGCAUCGGCUGAAAUUAAAGAUAAAAGUAUUUUAAUGGACAACAGAAAACUUAUAGAAACGCAAAUGGAGAGGUUUAAAGUUGUAGAACGUGAAACUAAAACGAAAGCGUACUCAAAAGAAGGUCUAGGUGCUGCUCAGAAAUUAGAUCCUGCCCAAAAAGAAAGAGAUGAUAUACAAUAUUGGUUAACAUCAUCGAUAGCAAAACUUAAUAUCGGUUCUGAUAGCUUAGAAUCUGAAAUAGAACAGCUAUUAUCAAAUAAAAAGAAAAAACUCGACAAAGACAAACAAGAUAGAAUAGAAGAUCUGAAAUCUAGGUUGGAUAAACAUAAAUUUCACAUACGGAAAUUAGAAACGCUAUUAAGGAUGCUAGAUAACAUGUCAGUGGAAGUUCAACAGAUUAAAAAUAUUAGAGACAAUGUCGAAUAUUAUAUAGACUUUAACACAGAGCCAGAUUUCGAAGACAAUGAAUUUAUCUAUGAUGACAUUAUUGGUAUGGACGAAGUUGAAUUAUCUGGCGUCGCAUUACCUUCUUCUGCGACGACGGAUAGUAAUGAGACUGGUGGUACACCUACCUCAAUUAUAUCAGGUUCGUCGCCCCCGCCCUCAUCAUCACCGCCACUCCAACCGCCCACGUCUUCGGUGCCCUUAACGAUGACGUCACUGGCGACGGCGGCUGCCGCAGCGGCGGCUAACAGCGUCCUGCAUAAUUACAACAACCAUUCCGGAGAAAACUCGAAUGACGACAGUAAAAAGGUUGUAGGCAAAGAACAGAAGGUGUGUUAUACAUCAUUUUUGCAGCCUAUCAAACCAAUGCCGGUUCGAGCAGUAACCAAUAGCCAGUCCACCACGAACACCCCCCUCAAUUCCCUGCUAAAUUACAGUUCGGUGGGCAGUAUAGGAGCGGUGACGUCGUCGUUACCGCCCCCCUCGGCUAUCAAUCCUAUAGGAGUGACGUUAGCCCCUUCGGUGGGCAAAACGACGGUAUCGUUGGCGAACAGCGUCGUCGGCGGCAUAGUAACGCCCGUCGGCAACGCUGUCGGCAACAAGAUCCAGCCAGGACGAGAAGCUUCUCCCGUUUCGCUUGUGCAGUCCCUAACGACGUCAUCGAUGGGCGGUAACUUCGCUGCGGUUGCGGCAGCUAGUGCGGCGAAGACGACGACAGCAAGCGGAGAGAGCAAUCCAGCAUCUGUGAUAACCAUUGUUAGUCAAGUUCAAACUCAAAACACAUCCAAUGCCAUUAAUACAACGGUCCAUACAAAUCCCAUUGCGUCAUUAGGAUUACAAAAUUCAACAAAUCCCCCUCCAAAAUUAUAUAAUGAACAACAUGUACAAAAUAAUUGCAUAAGUCCAGAACCAAAUAAUGGCAGUGAAAUGUCAACUUCUGACGUUGAUGUAUCACAGCAAGUCCCGAAUGGUACGACGACGGAGAAGAUAAGCGAAGGAAUGACAUCCCUUAAGUCCAUGGCUCAACAAGUGAUAGACCAAGCUGGCCUACAAAACAACCAAGUCAUUCUAGAACCAAGCAAGUUACAAAACCAAGGCAAGUCUGACGCCCACAUACCCCCCUUACUGGGAGUUGCGCCACUGGGCGCUAUACCUCUCCAAAAAGAACACCAGACCCAGUUCCAACUUAUGGAAGCGGCGUACUACCACAUGCCUCACCCUUCAGAUUCGGAGAGGAUAAGAACGUACCUGCCAAGGAGCCCUUGCACAACACCUUCGUACUAUAUCCAAACGCCCCUCGCCCACUCUGAGAGUUUAGAUUUCUUCCAGAGAUUAGCGACGGAGACCCUCUUUUUUGUAUUCUACUACAUGGAAGGUACUAAAGCCCAAUACCUCGCGGCGAAAGCGCUCAAAAAACAAAGCUGGAGAUUCCACACCAAGUACAUGAUGUGGUUUCAGAGGCACGAAGAACCCAAAAUUAUUAAUGAAGAAUAUGAACAGGGGACUUAUAUUUACUUCGAUUAUGAGAAGUGGGGACAAAGGAAAAAGGAAGGAUUUACUUUUGAAUAUAAAUACUUAGAAGAUAGAGAUCUUAAUUAAAAUAUUUAUAUUAAAA